AUGUCCUCUGCUAUAAUGCUGUCUUUUCGAUCAUCAUACCGUACCAACCAUUCACGAACCCAUUGGCCUAAAGCCGCUAAAGGAAAAUCUAAGCCAGCUUCUGCCCCUUACGGUACCAAGAAGGCCGCCAAGAAGGACCAAAACCCUCUUUUCGAGAAGAGAUCCAAGACUUUCGGUAUCGGCGGUGAUAUCCCUCCCAAGAGAGAUUUGACCCGAUUCGUCAAAUGGCCCGAGUACGUUAGACUUCAAAGACAAAAGGUCAUCCUCAACCAACGAUUGAAGGUACCCCCCGCCAUUGCUCAAUUCUCUCAAACUCUCGACAAGAACACUGCCACCCAACUCUUCCAAUUGCUUAACAAGUACAAGCCCGAGUCCAAGCAAGAGAAGAAGGCUCGAUUACUUUCCGAAGCCGAAUCAAAGGCUAAGGAAGGUGACAAGUCCACCACUAAGGACUCCAAGAAACCUGUUUUCGCCAAAUACGGUUUGAACCACGUUAUCGCUUUGGUCGAAGCUAAGAAGGCCAAGUUGGUCGUCAUUGCCGAUGAUGUUGACCCUAUCGAACUCGUUGUCUUCUUGCCUGCUCUCUGUAGAAAGAUGGGUGUACCUUAUGUGAUCGUCAAAGGAAAGGCCAGACUUGGUUUGAUCACCGGAAAGAAGACCUCUUCUUCCGUUGCCAUCACCGAUGUUCGAUCAGAAGACCAACAAGCUCUUGCCAACCUCGUUUCUGCCGCCAAGGCCAACUACCUCGACAAGGCUGAGGACAUCAGACGACACUGGGGUGGUGGUAUCCGAGGUAACAAAUCCGUUGCCAAACUCAGAAAGAGAGCCAAGGCUCUUGGUCAAGAUGCCAAGAAGAUCGAUGUUUCCCUUUAA